CACAACAUCAAGGCUAGGGAAAUAAGUCAAAGUAACAGCAGCAAUAAAAGUGGUGCAAAUAGUAAUGGUUGAAAAACAUGAUAGGUUUAAAACGAAAUGGGGAUGGAAAUCUAAUCUGCCUUCUACACAAUCAGUCCGUAUUUUAUUUGACAGAAAUCACAACUAGAAUACGGCUAUUAGCAUCAGUUGAAUACAGUAGUGCUAAUUAAUAGUGGUAAUAGAAGUAAUAUUAAUAAUCACACUACACCUUUUAGCUUACUGUGACUACUGUUUGAACAAAUUCAGUUAUUUUUUUCCAAUCCAUUAUUCAUUCGAUAAAAUUCACUUUAUUACCGUUGGAUUGUUAUUUAUUUCGAAAUCAACGAUACAUACAAGUAUUAACAGCUACGAAAUCUGUUUUGACAUAAUUUUCCUCUUAAUCAAUUAUCCAUUACUGCUCAUAUUUUUCGAAUCUUCAACAAUAUCACUUCAUAUUGCUUACUAUUGAUUUACAUCACUAAUAUUGACUGAUUAUUUCAUUUAAUUGUCGAAAUUAUUUUCAUUGUUGACUAAAUAAUGCCUACUGUUAAAACUGGAAGUAAGGGGACUACUCUUCAUGAUAUGAAAAGUAAAGAUAACACAUUGACAUCAACAACAAUACAAGCGCAAAAACAAGAGAUCGAUGACAAAAAUGAAAAUGGAAAUAAGGAUACUAAAAAUUCGGAGCCUGAACGAAGAACAUCAAAUGCCAGUAGUGGACGAAUGGGCAAUAUUAGAAAUAAAUUUGAAUCAGGUGAAGUUAACAAUGAUAAAAAGAAGAGUAAAAAGAAAUCUACGCCAAAAAUGAAAUAUGCCGGUGUGGAAUCAGCCAAAACAAAAUUUAUUGAAGAAGCUACAAAAGCUACAAUGAGUAAAGUAGAAAAUGGGCCAAGGAAACCGAAAGAAUUCACUCCACCACCGGAUGGUGUUGCCGUUGGUAUACUGGAAAGUAAUCCAAAACCAAGAGCACCGGAUGUGGUGACAUCGGAUGAUAUGUUUGAACCAGUUGAUUUAAAAGAAAUCAGUGAAAAAACAAAAAAUCUAAGGGCAAAAUUUCGAAAUAUGGAAGCAACUGGUGGACAGAGUAUUGAUGAAGAGAAUCGUAAAAAAAGUUCAUUUAUUGAUGAAUCAAUUACAGUUGCACCCGAGGCUACAAGAAGUGCAAGAGCUCGAUGGAAAGAUAUUGAAAGCGGUAAAACUGAAAAGGAUACAUCAUCAGAACGUCCGAAACUUGAUAUACAUGACGGUUAUGGAGGUGUUUAUGAGAAUGAACCUGAAAAAUUUGAAAACAUUGCAAGAGCUGGUGACACAAAAAAAGAUCUACCAUCUGGUGUAAGUGCUAAAGAAAGACGUGAAUUGUUUUUGAAGAAAGCUGCUGAUACUUCGGUUGUAAAGAGAGACAGUAUAAAACUUAUAGAUAUUAAUGCUGCUGAGAGUGGAAUAUAUGAAAAUGAACCAACUCGACGUGAUAAUGUAGUCCGUUAUGAUGAUGAACAAACAGAUGAUUAUCCAAGUAAUUCUGUGAAAUGGGCAUCUGAAGCGAAAAAUCGAUUUAUACAAGAAGCGUCUAAAUCACAAACAACAACAGGAACUAACAAAACUAUUUUAUUAGUUGAACAUGGUCAAAUGAACGGUGAUGAAGAUGGUACACAAAAACAAGCACGAUACGCUACACAAGCAAAACAAGCCUUUUUAGAACGUCAAAAACAAGCGGAAGAAGCUGCAAAGAAUAAAAGUAGACCAGAUAUUAUUGAUAUAUGGCAAGAACAAUGUCCACACAGUGGAGUAUUUGAAAAUGUACCAGCUGCUCACACAGCUGAUGUGGUAGUCACUGAUGAAUCUGAAGAAGAGGACGAUGAAGAAGAUUAAACUUAUUUUGAUUAACAAAUUGUAAUCCAAAAUAAACUAUCUGACUAGCAUCAUCCACACACGCCCUAACACAUUAACAUGUACACACCCACAAACGUUAUGUACACUAAAUGAAUUACUGAUUACAUGAUUUGACAUUAUAAAACGUAUUCACUUAAUCCAAAAUGAUCUGACAUUCUUAUGGAAAAUGCAUGCAUGUAUAGCUUUCUUUUCAAUAUAUCUAUACAUCUAGAUAUUCGAGGACUAAGUUUGUCCCAUGGCUUACUCAUUCUACCUGGUACAUAUAUACUCAUACGAAACAAAUACAUACUGUUACUUUUAUAUGUCAUAUUGGAUGACAUGCUGUACUGUUAUAUUAUCAUUGUUAUUAGGGCAUAAAAAAACUAGAGAGAAAUGUACAUCCUUGUGGACAAACCGUCCAAGCCUCAAGCGAAUGUUACUUUUCAGGUUUGCAUUCCACAACUACUUUCCAUUAUCAGUUUCUCUACGCAACUUUAUUCAUAUAUUUAUUUAUAGAACAUGUCCAAAAUGGUAGUGGAAUUAUUUCGAUUGCCGAUUGAAAGGAACAUUUUAAUCGGCUGUGAACAUUAUAAUCUACUUCAAGAACAAUGUACCUGUUAUUGAUAACUAUUCAUGUGAACGAAAAUUAACUGACAUUACAUACUUAUUGGUUAA